AUGGCAAUGCGAGGUCCGCAAAGCGUCUCUGCUCGUUCCAUGGGAGCAGGAGGUGGGAUGAUGUCGCCGCCAAAUGGAGCAGGCAUGUCGACCCCACCUCACAAGGGGACAUUACCGCCAGGCACCAAAGUUCAGGUUGGCCAAAUCACAGUGACUGUUCAAAAGUACCUCUCCGAAGGCGGCUUCGCUCACGUCUACCUGGUCAAGACCAACCAGCCCAUCCCUUUGCCCGCUGCAGCUGGCGCUCAACCUGGCGCCGAGUACACGCACGUGCUCAAGAGGAUGGCAGUGCCGGAUAAGGACAUGUUGGCUCAUGUGCGGGGAGAAGUCGAAAUUCACCGCGCUCUUCGAUCGCACCCAAAUCUAGUGCACUUUAUCGAAGCGUGUGCGACAGCGCUUCCUGGCGGGGGCUACGAAGUUUUUAUCCUCAUGGAAUUCUGUUCGGGAGGAGGUCUUAUAGACAUGAUGAAUGCGCACCUCCGCACGCGGUUAUCGGAGCCGGAUGUGCUGCGAAUCUUUUGCGACGUCGCUUCCGGCCUCUCAGCGAUGCAUCACUCUUCGCCGCCGUUGAUGCAUCGAGAUCUCAAGGUGGAAAACGUCCUGUUAUCCCCCGCACCGGGUCGAACUGGAGGUGUGACCUACAAGCUCUGCGACUUUGGCUCUGCGAAGCAGAUCCUCUCGCGCAGAGCUCCUCGAAGCGUGGAUGAGGUUCGCAAGCUGGAAGAGGAGCUCAACCGGACUACUACGCUGCAGUACCGUGCACCCGAGAUGGUCGACGUGGGGCAAAGGCGCGUCAUUGAUGAGAAGGCAGAUGUCUGGGCAAUGGGAGUGCUGCUGUACAAGCUUUGCUACUACACCACUCCAUUCGAGGAAAAUGGCGGCGGACCUUUGGCGAUCUUGAAUGCGAGAUAUCGCUUCCCUUCUGCACCUAGCUACAGUCAAGGUGUCAAGGCUUUGAUCGCUUCUAUGCUACAGGAACAAUCUUCUUCGAGACCGAGCAUUGAUGAGCUCAUCGUGAGAGCGCACAAGCUUCUCGGCACUCCUCCACCAGCGAGCGUGGUCCAUUACGCUCAAUUGGUCGCCAAUGGCAAAGUUGUAUCCGAACUACCUUCCGUCAAGACUGCGAGCGGUAGAGAGCUGGACGCGGAUGCUGCUGCUCGAGCGUUGAGACCAGGCAAAGCGCAGGUCUCUGCGGCUGCAGAAGUCACAUCGUUGAUAGACAUGGCGCCCUCCAAAGAAGAGCUCGCGAGGCUGGAGCAACAGGAAAGAGAGAAGCGGGCAGAAGCUAUCACUCCUAUGCGGCGCGGCCGGCCUGGGAAGACUGCGCCAACAGCGGGAAAUGUUGCUCCUGUAGCGUCAACGCCCCAGAACGAAUUCCCAGACUUUUCGUCCAAAGAUCUCCCGCUGGCAGCUACAUCAGCUGGUGGCUUCUCGGACACUUUCGUUCCCUCACCUUCGCUUGGCUUCGGUGACUCUUUUGCUCCGAGCCCUGCGCAAACUCCAGCCAUUAUGUCUAAGGGUGCCCAAAUUGAUCGUCUUCAGGUAGAAGAUGCCGAUUCAGGAGCGCGAACAACUCCUCUUUCUCAUAGCCCUGCUUUGCCGGGCUUUUCAGCGAGUCCCCCAUCUCGCAUUAGCCCUGUGCCCAGUCCACUGCCACUAGCAUCCACAUCAGAUGUCCAGGUGUUGAAGCGGAAGGAAGCAAACAACGAAGCUACAUCCCGCUUCCCAAGCGUGGAGGAGCUUGAUGCGCGCUAUGCGCCUGCUCCGUCAGAUCAGGGUAUCAAGAAGAAAGAGUUGCCCGGCAUCUCCUCGCGACCGACAGUAGGCACUGUGGCGAGUCGUUUCGGGGCCCAGAGCAAGAUGACGCCUUCGAGCACUUCCACUCAACCCGCUCCGAACACUGGUGCAUCGCUCUCCUCGAGAUGGCCACCUCUGGCAGGAGAAAACGACUCGACUUCGCCGUCUGCGCCAUCUGGCAGUACUGUGCAGCGGAGUCAGACUGCAAUCGAAAAUCGGCACUCGGUUGCGGACUUUGCACGCAAGCGUCCAACGUGGGAGCAAAGUGGGAGCGCGCGUAGUCCAAAAGAUCUGCCGGCGGCUCCGAGCUUGCCGGCUCGAAAGCCGAUGCCGAAAGAUUGGCUUGCUGACGCCACGAACGAGGACCGGUCGUCUGCUCCCAGUAGCUACGAGUCUACAGCAGCUGCUGCCAAAAGCAAGCUUUCAGCCCCCGUGGAAAUUGCUGAACCUGCGUCUUAUCGCUCACCGGCACGGUUCGGCAAGGGCAUCGCGGUUGAGAUUCCGUCUAAGGGACGUACCAGCGACGACUCGAGCGGAGAAGAUGAAGGUCCGGAGGACGCAGCACCGGCAAGAAGACCCGUCAGCAUGUUGUCUCCACCAUCUGUUCAAGCCACGCCUGUCUCGAGGCAUGCGCCAGGUCGUGUGCAAGCUCCAUCGUGGCUGGUCAGCGAUACGGAUACGUCCAGAUUGAGAGGUGACGCUGGAGCAAAGUUGCACGCACCGACAUCGGCAUCGUCUUCACCGAGACCGACCGCAAUCUCGCCGACCGCAGAAGCUCCUCCUUCUCCGCGUCCUGAAGGCCAAGAGGAGCGAGUGCCCGCAGCAGGUACAACGGCUGUGGCACGAGCGCCGGCGUGGGACGAAGAUGACGAGGAACAGCGAGCCAUGCCGUUUGACAAGUCUGAGGGGACAUCACGCCUGGCCGAUGCGACGGCUGCAGCCAAGUCCACUGUCAGCGCUGCAGUUGGCAAGCUCAUAGACUUUGGGAGCAAUAGCAGGCACACCUCGGCCGAGUACCCUUCCACGGACCUGCCGACAACUACGAUCGACCACGGCAUCAGCCCGUACAGUCCAUCCGUCGCCAAAUUUGGUAAUCUCAGCAUCUCGGACGUUUCUAGCCAGGCAGCUGCCGUCACUGAAAAGACCAGGGCUUCAGCCAGCCCACUUCGCCAGUCUGAAGACAAUGGAAGCUCGCGAAAUAGCCAGAGUGCAAUGGAAGUGAAUGGCAAUAGCGAUGCGAAGAGCACAAGCUCCGUCGAUGCGACGGGGUCAGCAGCAAGGAACGCCGACCCAGAUCCCAGCUCGGCCAGCAGCGAGGAUUUCAUGAAACGAUUCCCUGCCAUGGACGUCGAGACUGCUGAGCGUGAGAUACGUGCGAGAGCAUCACCGCUUCCCGCCCAGAGGAGUGACUCGAGGCCUAUCAGUGAAGUGGGACCGAAAGCAAGUGCGAAGGUGAUGGAAACUCGUGGAGAGAAAAGCCCCUUGACGGGCUCGAAAGCCUUGGCGUCUAGAACGCCCGAGCCGCGCAUCAUCAAGCCCCAGGCUCGUCCCGCGCCAAAAGUCACGCCUGGGUUCGUUAGGGAGCGACAAAAGUCCCUGACUGGAGGAUCGCAGCGUCCCGCUUCUGUGGACCUCGCGCCGCCCCUGCCACACACACGUGGCCCGCGGCUACCAGGCUUCGCAGGGCGACAGGACGAUGAGCAGCGUCAUCUGGCACCCGCGCCCGCGUCGAAAGCCCCCGUCAAGACUGGACCUCUCAAGCCGUGGGAGCGAGAGGCAGUGGAGAGGGAGGCUGCUGACCGAUCGUCGGUUGUUCGAAAUCAAGCUGGCGCAUCUUCAGGCGCCUCUUCACCUGCCUCUCAUCCUGGCGAACCCGGUCAAUCAGACGCAGCUCCAGAAGCGUACAGCGGCGUCUCGAAGCUCGUCUCUCAGUGGCAACAGAACGCGAGCAGAGGAGCGCCUGGUUGGGGAAGGGUCGGCGCUACUGCGGAUCCUAGAAGGGCAAACGAGGCGAAGCUCUUCCACGAUGCCGCUCGUCACAUUGCUGCUCGUGAUGUCGAUGGCCUAACACCUAGCCAGGUCACAUCUCAUGAGAGAGGAGCGGUCACGGGUGGGAUUGUAAGAUCGGCUACUGUUGCAGAAGGCAUCGUUGGCAAUGCAAGUCGUCGAGCUGGUAGAGAUGUCUAG